UCCUGGAGCACUAUGGCGAAUGGGGCGGCAGGAGGAGACAAACAGCUGUGAGCAAAAAUGGAAUAAACGCGGUGGUUUAAUUUAUUUCAAAAGAGAACAAAAAACUGGAAACGACAGUGAAGGCACUGGAAAAGCGACACAGGUCCGACUCGAAGCCGACUCGCCAUGGCGUCUGAGGAGGAGCGGGGGGUGGUUCGUGUCAGAGUCAAGAAGUGUGAGGGCUUGCUGCCGGUGGAGUUUCGCUCCUUUGCCGUUGACCCCCAGAUCACUUCACUGGAAGUGCUGCAGCACAUCCUCGUCCGAGCCUUCGAGCUCAAUGGGAAGCGUAAUUUUGGGAUUAGUUAUCUUUCCCGUGACCGUGGUGGUGUAGAAGUAUACCUCUCUCUCCUGUCGGACUGGGACUUAGACGCAGCAUUUGUCAGUGCAGCCAAACCCUAUCUGCAGUUGAAGAUAGAUAUCAAGCCAUCUGAAGACAGCCCCUUGCUGGAGGACUGGGACAUAAUCAGUCCCAAAGAUGUGAUUGGCUCAGAUCUGCUUCCUGGAGAAAGGAGGUCCUUGGCUGCUGUGGCUCUCCCUUUCACGCAGUCACUUCUGUCACAGGUUGGCAGGACACUUUCCCGCGUGCAACAGGCCUUGAGCUGGUCAUAUGGGGAGGAGGUGAAGCCCUUUAAACCUCCCUUGAAUGAUGCAGAGUUCCACAGCUACCUCAACAGCCAGGGACAGCUCACCCGGCCGGAGGAACUGCGGCUACGCAUCUACCACGGCGGGGUAGAGCCCUCACUUCGAAAGGUAGUGUGGCGGUACCUGCUCAACGUAUACCCUGAUGGCUUGACCGGUCAAGAAAGAAUGGAUUACAUGAAAAGGAAGACCAGAGAAUACGAUCAGCUAAAGGGGGAGUGGGCAACACGCGUCAGCCCAGAGGACCUUGAGUUCAUCAGGGGCAACGUAUUGAAGGAUGUGCUGAGAACAGACCGAGCCCACUCCUAUUACGCAGGGUCUGAGGACAGCCCCCAUCUGACUGCCCUGGCUGACCUGCUGACUACUUACGCCAUCACUCACCCACAGGUGUCCUACUGCCAGGGCAUGAGUGACAUCGCUUCUCCUAUCCUUGCAGUGAUGGAUAACGAAGCCCACGCCUUCAUCUGUUUCUGUGGCAUCAUGAAGCGUCUGGAGGGCAACUUCCACCCGGAUGGCCGUCUCAUGUCCAUCAAGUUCCAACACCUCAAGUUGUUGCUGCAGUAUUCUGAUCCAGAAUUCUAUGCUUAUUUAGUGUCUCGUGGUGCUGAUGAUCUUUUCUUCUGCUACCGUUGGAUAUUGCUAGAACUGAAGCGUGAGUUUGCAUUUGAGGAUGCUCUAAGGAUGCUUGAGGUCACCUGGAGCUCCCUGCCCCCUGACCCCCCUGAAACUGAAGUAGAACUGCUUGGGCCAUCUCUAGAGAUGGAAAAAGAGACCUCCCAAACUGAUACAGGAAUGGGAGUAGCCAAAGGAGAAGAUGAAGAUGUAAGUCUAGCAAGAGAGCACAAGGAGAGACAGCGGAGACGCCACAUGUUAAGGCCUUCUCGAGAAGAGGCUGAUGGAGGAAGGAGGACUGACAUGGAGCAAGAGGAGGAUAGCCUGAGGAAGGAUGGGGAGGGUGAGCAUGAACCCACUGAGAAGGGCAGGAAUGGAGAGACUGCUACAGUGCCGCCUUUUGAGAAACAGCCCAGCUUUGGCGAGUUUAAGUACUACAGUGCCCGAAAUAAUGACAGUUUUGAUUUGGAUGAGAAGGAGCCUCCAGUGCUCCCCCGACCCUUUCAGGCUUCUUGUCCUCCAUCAGGUCCACCCUCCCGGCAGCCCACAGAAGACAGCGAGGAUGACUUGAGGGAGAGAGAACCCCUCAUCAGGACUGAAGACAAGCUUUCGCCUUCAGAGAGACAAGGAAGAAGCUCCCCAAAUGGCCAGAUAGCCUCACCGUCUCCGCCAGUCUCGCCGUGUUUACCACACUGGAAGAAUGCCCCCUCAUCAUCACCAGCGGUUUCACCUUUGUUUUCUAGCUGGAGGAUGACAUCGCCAGCUGUGCCCACAUCCUCAUCCAAGCAUGCCAAUGAGAGCUCAGGAUCUCCCGAAAGAUCCACUGGACAGUACGUGACUUCGCCGCUGACAGGGAAUGGAGCCGGAGCAGCUGCCUCCCCUGCCACUCCAACAGGGAAAUCCUGUCUUUCUUCCCCAUCGCUCUCCUUUGCUCAGAACCGCUCGCUGCUCUCGUCUCCAGUGCUGUCCUUUGGCAGAGCUCCCUCUCCUCCCAGCUCCACAGCAAACAAGCCGCCAUCAAACAUUGUCAGCUCCCCCUGCACUAAACCCCCCACCACCUCUUCCAACACUCUCCCCACCAGCAAACCUGAGGAGACACUCGCCAAACCGUCAACCCUUCCCCCACCACAGGAGUUUGGUAAAGGGAAUCCCUUCAUGCUCUUCUUAUGCUUGGCUAUCUUGUUGGAGCACCGUGAUCACAUUGUGAAGAACAGCUUGGAUUACAACGAGUUGGCAAUGCACUUUGAUCGACUCGUUCGCCGUCACAACUUGGGCCGUGUGCUGCAGCGAGCAAAGGCCCUAUUUGCUGAUUACCUGCAGAGUGAGGUCUGGGACUCGGAGGAAGGGGAUGAGGUCAGCUCAGACUCCCCUACCUCAGUUUCUGCUGCCACUCAGAUCCCAUCCGCGAGGCCGCAGUCUCCCCCUCUACAGUCUCUCACACGGUCAACUUCACCCAAUUCCACGUACAACCUUGCUACCACUAUUCCUUCGCCAUUGUCUUCUACCCCUUUCUCAUCCUCCUGACCUUCCGUGUUGUACUCUUUUGCAUUUUAUCUUGCACUGGCCCCACUUGCUAUCCGAAGUGUUGCUUUUAUACAUCUGACCCACAGUAUCGCCUACUUCCUUCAUCAGUGUCUUGUCAGGUCUGGUUUACAGUUUCAUUUCUUUUGUCUUGCUUCUACCUCUUGGGUUGUAGCAAAUGUCACCUCUUGUUCUUCUGCCUAGCUUAAACAUUCUCAUAGUAUGUUCACAUUCCUCUUUAACCUUCUUUCCCCUCUGCCCCUUUUCUGUCUUAAUUGACAAAACGACUUGUGUCCCACAUUAUUCUGCCCAACAUUUUGUCAGAUGGGUAACAUUGGGAAUUUCACACAAACAUUUAGACUAAUACCUGUCAAUCUGACUUGACCAAAGAUGCCCAUUUCUUUUAGGAUACCAGCCAUCUGAAUUGCCACCUUUGUCUCCUGUUUCCAUGCUCUGUCACCAGUGCUCCCCCCCCCCCCCCCCAUGACCCUUAAUCA